AUGCCGAAUUACACCACAGCCCAGCUUCCACCCAAGCCUCCGACGUUAAGCGAGCCAGCGCCGCGAGUGGGCGUGGUCUGCUCACCCCUCGAUUCACCUUUUUCACAAGAAAACCAAGUGAUUUUGCGGCCGGCUGUUCCCGCCAAACCCAAUAUUGAUAUUGUCCGGUACAGCAUGGCCAAUGCUCAAGGUAAGGCGUUUUUUGAUUUUUUAUGAGGGGUGGGAUUUUGAAAAUUUUUGUUUUUUUUGGGGAAGAUUAUUGAAUUUUGGGUAGUUUAAGCAAUAUUUGGGCAUUUUUUCGUAUUUUUAAAAUAAAUUUAGCAAUUUUAAACUAAAUUUUAAAUAAUUUUAAUAAUAUUUUCGCUGUUUUUACCCAUUUUUAAAAUUUUUAUUGAUAAAAGUUUUCAUUUCUUGAUCAAAAUAUUUGUUUUUCACAUUUUCCUCUAAAUCAUAACAAUUUUUAUCUUUCCAGUAGCUGAUAUUACUUUUCUAAUCAAAAAUAUUGGUUUUCUUACUUUUUCUUUGAAAUUUCGAACAAUUUAGGGCGAAAAACAAAAGUGAAAUCAUUUUUUGUUCGAAAAAACUGAUUGAAAUUCAAAAUUAUUCCUUUUUUGAUGGCUUUUAUCAGUUCCUGCAUCUAAAUCUUUGGUUUUUGGGGCUUUUUAAAGUUGAAAUUAACAAAAAAUGAAAAUUUGUUACCUAAAUUAACAAAAACUGAAUGUUUGUUACCUAAAUUAACAAAAGGUGAACAUUUUUUACCUAAAUUAACAAAAAAUGAACAUCUGUUACCUAAAAAGGCAAAAGUUGUUUAAAAUUAUCAAAAAAGGAAUUACCAAUUCAACAUAUUUGGUCUACAAUAACACUUACCUUUUAGACGACCUUGAUGAUGUUCUAAAUGAGCUUCUGGAGCUUGGAAACACAUUGUCCGGUCCAGCAGCAGAUCAAAUUUUAUAUGGAAUCAAUCCCAUCGCUUCGUCAUCUUCAUGUCAUUCCAAUUUGAAUGUUCAACCUGCUGCUCCAGUUAAUGUUACGAGCACCUUAACUCCACAAAACCUACAUUCUGCACAAAAGGUCAUUAAUCUUCAACCAGUAAGUGUUUAUUUUAAAUUUUGAAAGUUUUUUAGGUACGAUUAAGGUCUCAGUUAUGUGGAAUUUUGAAUUUUUCUCAAAUGUUACCUAAAAAUAUUGAAAUGUUUCUUAAGGAAGUGACGUUUUUCUCAUUUUUCUCAAACACUUGACCUUAAUUUACCCUUAUUUAGACGUUAUCUUUAGGUUUUUAUAAUUUUUCUUUUUUUUGUUAUUAAUUAGGCGUAAUGAGCCGUGAAAUUGCGACGAUUUUUUUAAUUUCUGAUGACGUUUGGGCUCGCAAAAUAAAAAAAAAUUUUGGCGAUGAUUUUUGAAAUUUUUUGACAUUUUUUUCAUGUUUUAUUGUUAUGAGGAUGAACAUUUUUAAAAAAAAUUUAAAAAAGUAAAUUUUUGAAAAUUUUAAAUUUCAGUCCAACUGUUACGACCACCUUGAUGGCCCUCAACGAUCUCAAACUGACUUAUGUGCUAGUCCAGAUAACGAUUCGGCUUAUGGAGAUUCAUCAUCCACUGAAUUCUCAACUCGCUACAGACAUUCUGAAUUCAGUAGUAACGACAGCUACCGAGGAAGCUUGAACACACCUAGUCCUACUAAUCAGGUAUGGCAUUUUGUUGGCUGAUAUGGGCUAAUAUUUGAUUUUUAAUUACAAUUUUGUUUAAGAUUUAUAUUGUUUUUGCCUCUAAGACAUAUUUUUUGGCAUAACUCUGCUGUUUUUUGUCAUAACUUUGCUGGCCGUUCACAGAACGUUGCCAAACUUUGCCAGACCGUUCACAGAACGUUAGGUAAACAGUUCCGCGCUUCCCAUUCUGAUUCAUCGCAAAGUUUCGGCAUUUUACAUUGAGAAAGGGAGAGAAAAGAAGGCGCUUUGUGGCAGUGAUUGAUGGUCCUAUUGAUGAUCUGUCACUAGCUUAAUAUUUUACUGCAGCGAUUAAGGUUACUGGCGAUCUGGCCACGUGCUCUUUGGCAUUAUAAUAUGUAGUCUUUGAGGAAUUGGUCUAAGGUUAAAUUGAAUAUGAUAGGGUAGGGCAUUGUAAGCUAGGGUAGGGUAGUGUACGAUAGUAUAGGAUAGGAUAGGGUAGGGCAUUGUAAGCUAGGAUAAGGUAGUGUACGAUAGUAUAGGGUAGGGUAGGAUGAGGUAGGGUAUGAUAUGGUCCUUAAAAGAAGAAAGUGGCUUCUCAUGACGAAUGGUUUUAGUGUACGAUAGUAGGAUAGCGUACGGUGAAUUAAGGUAUGUUAUGCUAAGGUAGGGUGGGGGUGUUCUUAGAGGAAGAUAGUGGUGUCUAAUGCCAAAAAGCUAUAUAAAAGAGCCAAGAAGGGUCAAUUUUUUCGAAAUUUUUAAAUUCAAAGCUCCAUUACCGUAGCCCCAAACCAAAUUUUAAUAAACCAAGAAUCCGCGGCCCAACUUCCGUUCUAAUCAUCCGAACGGAUUCCGUCUUCAUUUCGAAUAAAAAUGUUUAUUCGAACAGAAGUUUGCAUUGUUUCUGGGAUUAUUAGCAGCGCAGCGCUCUUCAAUCUCUGCUUCCUGCUCUUUGAGUGCAUUCUCGAACAGAUGUUCGAGAGUCGAAGGUUUUGGCUUUGUUUGGCCAACGUGCGAACAACCUUUGUUUAGGGCCAAAGUUUGUGUUGGAAGAGCGCGACGGAUUAAUGUUACAUUACGAAAAAGGGAUACAAUAGGGUCAGGUGAGGGGUCAGGAGGAGGAAACAUGUGAAGAAUAGGGUCAAGAAGUUGGCAGAACGUCGGACAUACAAAACUUUGGGUAGGGUAGGGUAGCAUAAGGCAGCGUAGGUUAAGGUAAGAUAGGGUAGGGUAGGGUACGGUAGGGUAGGGGUAAGGUAAGGUAAGGUAGAGAUUUGAAAGGGAUAGAUAGACGUUCGCUUAGUUUUUGGCCAAAUUGCUAAUCAAUUCCAAGAAGAUUAAUCACGAAUUAAGACAAAUCUAAGUCAUAAAAGUCAUCAGAGAGCUCUAUUUCAUAUAAAUCAUAACACUUUAAAACAAGAAACCACUAAUUAAUUAAUCAAAGGUAUCCAAUGCAAUGUCAUCGUAACGCGUUUUAACAAUAAAUCAAUCAAAAUUAUGCCUAAAGCCUUAAAAUUUUUAUUUAAGUUAUCAAAAUUAAAAAAAAUUAUUCAAAAUCAGCUAUUAUUAUAUGCCGACAUAAAGAACCCGCCAUUUUUUACAGGAAAUUACAAGAAAAGUAUGGCGGGUUCUUUAUGUCGGCAUAUAAUAAUUUUAAAAUAAGCCUAAUUCGUUUCAAAUAAGCCUAAUUCAUCAUUUUUAUCAAAAUCCUUUUAGGUUUCACCAAAGUCAUCGGACAGUGGCACUAAUGAGCCGGUUCAAAUGACCGAAGACGAGCUCAAGGCUCUCAAGAUCAAAGAAGCUUUGGAGAAGAUGAAAGAAGCGAAACGGAAGAAGAUCUACGUCAAAUUCUUCUUGGAAGACAAUUCGACAAAAGGGCUUCUGAUCGACGAGCGAUGGAGUGUAGCCGACACGAUGAAGCAAUUGGCAAACAAAUUGGGCAUCUGCUUGACACCGGAACAUUCGAUCGUUGAGGAGUAUCCUGAGAUGCAUAUAAGUAAGAAAAAAAAUUUUUUUUUAAGUUGGGCGGUUAAAAUAAAAAAUUUUUUUUGGCGAAUGGGUUAGGGGGAUUAAAGUAAUUUUUGAAAUUUUGUGAUUAGGUGAGGUUUUUUUGGCUAAAGAUACUACAAAUUAACCGAAACAUACACCUCAUAUAUAAACUUUAUAAAUGUCUUCCCACCUACACUCAGCUCAUUAUUUACAGUCCAUUUCGAGCGAUUUACCCCGGUUUAAUUAGCCAAAAAAGCGUGUAAUCCGAUCGGGAUUAGGGGGUAUCUUUCAGCCGAGACAGUUGGCCGCAUCCCGCUGAUCCAAAAACAAAUCCAGCUGUCGCCAAGAAAUUAGAAUAUUCCGUAAAGAAUGGCGGUUUAAUGCACUCGCUUAAGUUCUGGCUAAGCCGGUUCGAAAACGAAAUAAACAGGCCAUAAAACCCGACAUACGAUGGGCUGAUGGGUGCGACUGUCUUUAUAUGAUGCGGAAAUUUACAUAAAUUUAGUUAAGGAUCAAAAUUUGAAAAAAAGUUGGAUUUUAGACCAAAGGUUUAGAACUAAUGUCAAAAAAAUGAAAAAGGAAGCCUUAAAACAUUUAAGAUUAGCCAUUAUCAUUAAAACUUUUUCAGAGCGAAUCUACGAGGACCACGAGAUGAUAGUAGAGAACAUUGAAGACUGGCUAGCUGACUCCAAAAACAAACUUUACUUCAUUCAUCGACCAGACAAAUACUGUUUCAUCCACGCGCCCGAACAAUACUUAUUGACCGAAAAGUUUGGCUAUGACUUUCCACCAGCUGAAGCCGACUGGUCUUCAGAACAACGUCAGGAGCUUCUGAACAAAUACACAAGUUCAGAAUCCAUCGUGCCAGAACUCGAAGGCUAUUUGAUGUUGAAAGCUGAUGGCAAGAAGAGUUGGAAAAAGCACUACUUUGUACUACGAAGCUCGGGAUUGUACUAUUCGCCUAAGGGGAAAAUGAAAAGUGCCAAAGAUUUGCAAUGUUUGAUGACUGUCUACAACAAUCAGAUUUAUACUAGUACUGACUGGAGGAAAAAGUACAAAGCUCCAACUCCUUAUGGCUUUGCUAUUAAGCAUCCGAAGAUUCAGGUUAAAACUUCGAAAUAUAUCAAGUAUGUGUGUACUGAGGAUGAAAAGACGUUCAGAAAGUGGGUUACUGCGCUCAGAAUUACUAAGGUAGGGUUUGGACCUAUAAAGGGCUAUUUUUAUACACUUGUACUGAAUUUGAACAUUUUUUUCAUUGGUACUACAUAUUUAUACUCUGACCUUUCAGAACAACGCCUCAGUGCUGCAAAAGAACUACAAAGACGUGCAAUUAGAAGCCAAGAAGCAGGUACCGAUUCACGUUGAUGUGCAAUCUUCAGUUCAUUCUAUGGACUUGUCCAGGCUUACCUUAAACAACUCUAGGCCUGGUAGUAUCACUGGGAAUAGUAUGAAUAGUAAUCACAGUAACUCAAGAAUAUCGUUGGCUUCUAGCCGUUUUGGUAUUGAUAAUGGAGUACUGCCUUCUACUUCUAAUACUGCUUUUGAUCAGGUAUGGAGUUUUUGGCGAUUUAGGUACCUUGAUGUAGGUUCAUGGUAUUAAGUGCUACAGUAUUCUGUGUUGCCUUACUUUAACCAUCUUAACCUAUUUGACUCUGCUUAACACUCUAUUUUUAUCAAUGUUAAUUUACUUUUGCCCUUUCAGGACGACUGUGGCACGAUAAAACGUCAACCUCUUCACGAUCAGUUCAAUGGCUUCAGAACUCCACCGUUAAACCUACCAACUUCUCAACUUCGUGGGUCUACCGGUAAUUCUGUUCGUUUCUCGAGUAGUACCAACAACAGUGGUGACAACCUGAACAAUUUGUCAAGUCACGAUGGAGGGGAAUCGGAUUCUGAUGAAGAACAAUUCCCUCCACCACCAGAUUUCUCCGUGUUCAGGCAGAGUCCGGCAGUACCAGUAGUGGCACCAAUUACACCGGUUAGUAUGGUUAUGGGGCAACAGGUGCAGGUUCAGCAGAUGAGUGGGUAUCGACCGCCUACGGUAAGAUUGAUUUUUUAAGUUUGGUAGGGUGGGGCAGGUCUGAUUUUUUAAAAACGAAUAGGGUGUGGCAGUUUAGAGGUAGUGCUGACUAGUAGAGUCAAAGUUUAAAACAAAAAAUUUCAGGUAGUACCAUCACCUUUGUCUAGGACACCAGGGCCAAAAGUACCGCCACCCCCACCACCAAAGCGAUCGGAAAACACAAAACUUCAGUCGGCCAACCCACAACAUAAGCAGCAAAUGGACUUGUUUACCGAGCUACAACAGGCAACGCUGCGACAAAAGCAACGAAUUGAAGGAAAUUAA